AUGGGCGCCGCUCUCGUUCCUCUCCUCGUCUACGUAGUGCUCGUGGUGGUGGCGGCGGCGCGUGCCCCGGCGGCGUCCGCGGCGCCGCGGGCCUUCUUCGUCUUCGGCGACUCCCUCGUCGACAACGGCAACAACAACUACCUCCUCACCACCGCGCGCGCCGACGCGCCGCCCUACGGCAUCGACUUCCCGUCGCACCGCGCCACGGGCCGCUUCUCCAACGGCCUCAACAUCCCCGACAUCAUCAGUGAGCACCUCGGGGCGGAGCCUGCGCUGCCGUACCUGAGCCCGGAGCUCCGAGGGGCGAAGCUGCUCGUGGGCGCCAACUUCGCGUCGGCCGGCGUCGGGAUCCUCAACGACACGGGAGUGCAGUUUGUGAACAUAAUUAGGAUGGGGGAUCAGCUGCGUUACUUCGGGGAGUACCAGCGCAAGCUGAGGGCCUUCGCCGGCGAGGAGCAGGCGGCGAGGCUCGUCAACGGCGCGCUCGUGCUCAUCACGCUGGGAGGCAACGACUUCGUCAACAACUACUACCUGGUGCCCAUGUCCAUGAGGUCUCGCCAGUACGCUCUCCCGGGCUACGUAAGCUUCAUCAUCUCCGGGUACAGGAAAAUCCUCGCGAGGCUGUACGAGCUGGGGGCGCGGCGCGUGAUCGUGACGGGGACAGGGCCGCUGGGGUGCGUGCCGGCGGAGCUGGCGCAGCACAGCAGCAACGGCGAGUGCGCGGCGGAGCUGAACCGCGCCGUGGACCUCUUCAACCCGCAGCUGGUGGACAUGGUGCGCGGCCUCAACCGCGACGCCGGCGCCGACGUCUUCGUCUCCGCCAACGCCUACCGCGCCAACUUCGACUACCUCACCAACCCGCAGAGCUACGGGUUCACGAACGUGAAGGUGGCGUGCUGUGGGCAGGGGCCGUACAACGGGAUCGGUCUGUGCACGGCGGCGUCCAACGUGUGCGCCAACCGGGAGGUGUUCGCCUUCUGGGACGCCUUCCACCCCACAGAGCGGGCCAACCGGAUCAUCGUCGGCCAGUUCAUGCAUGGGUCCACCGACUACAUGCACCCCAUGAACCUCAGCACCAUACUCGCCAUGGACCAGCUGCAGGAGGGUUCUCUUUAG